AUGAUAGACUUCGAUACGAUUAAAGAUUACUCCAACAUACUUCUUAGUAUCGUAAACAAGGUGAGGCUUAUUGGAUCUGAAUUUACUGAUUCAAGAAUUGUAGAAAAAAUUCUUGUUAUAGUACUUGAAAGAUAUGAAGCAACCAUCAUUACCUUGGAGAAUACGAAGGAUCUGUCAAAAAUUUUCUUAGUAGAAUUAUUUAACACUUCACAAGCACAAGAACAAAAAAGACUGAUAACGGAGGAUACAAUAAUCGAAGGAGCUUUGGCAGCCAAGCAUCAAAAUAUGGCCAAAAAUAAAAGAAAGAAGAAAAAUGAUUUUGAAGGAAAUGGGGCAAGUACAGCAUCAGCCAAUACAAAAGGAAAGAAUGAAAAUCAAAAGAAAUCCUAUCCACCUCGCCAACAUAGUGAAAAGAAGAGUCAUUCUCCAUUUAGAUGCUAG